AUGGAAAAUAAGGCCAACACUGAUAUCGGCAACGCCGAAUUACAACGUGAAUUCUAUCGUCACUUGUUGGAUAACAACUACCCUCAAGUAGUUGUCCAGCGGUACGAGAGCCCGGGGAUCGGCUCUAACCCUGAGUGCACGCAACUAUACAUCCAGGCGCUUCAGCAGUUGGGAGAAACGGCCAAAGCAGAACUGGUGGCUGCAUCGUUGGCUUCUGGGUCACUGGCGGGAGCCUCAGGAGCAGGAAUGGGCGCCGGUGCAGCUGGUAACAUGGGUUUUGCUUCUGGUUUUGGCUCGCGCAAUGAACCAGUGCAUGUGGUUGUAUCCGAGUCCAACUUCACUAUCUUGUCCAAAUGGCUCAAGUGGCUUAUUCCUAUUGCAUUGCUUACGUACGGAGCGCUGAAUGCUUUCAACUUCUUGGUGGAAAACGGCACAUUGUUCCGUUCGCUGGAGGUGACGGAUAAGUCGGUGGACGUUUCAAGAUCCAACGUCAGGUUCAAAGACGUGUGCGGCUGUGACGAAGCCCGUGCUGAGCUUGAAGAAAUCGUUGAGUUCUUGAGAGAUCCUUCCAAGUUCACUGCUUUGGGUGGUAAGUUGCCGAAGGGUGUGCUCUUGACCGGUCCUCCUGGUACGGGUAAGACGCUUCUUGCGCGUGCUACCGCUGGCGAGGCCGAGGUGCCAUUUUUCUUCAUGUCCGGCUCCGAAUUCGACGAGUUAUACGUUGGUGUUGGCGCAAAGAGAAUUAGAGAGUUGUUCAAUCAAGCCAGGGAAAAAGCCCCAGCCAUUGUCUUCAUCGAUGAAUUGGACGCAAUCGGAGGUAAACGUAACCCUAAAGACCAGGCAUAUGCUAAGCAGACAUUAAACCAGCUUCUUGUGGAGUUGGACGGCUUCUCACAGAGCGAAGGUAUCAUCAUCAUUGGCGCAACUAACUUCCCACAAUCUUUGGACAAGGCGUUGACGAGACCUGGCCGUUUUGAUAAAGAGGUUGUUGUCGAACUUCCUGAUGUGCGUGGGCGUGUCGAUAUCUUGAAGCACCACAUGGAGAAUGUGGAGACCGCUGAUGAUGUUGAUCCCUCUAUCAUCGCCAGAGGUACUCCGGGCUUUUCAGGAGCUGAGUUGAUGAAUUUGGUCAAUCAAGCCGCUGUUCAUGCUUCUCAGUUGUCUGCUCUCGCGGUAGACAUGAGUCACUUUGAGUGGGCCAAGGACAAGAUUCUAAUGGGUGCUGCAAAGAAAAAGAUGGUAAUUACAGAAGAAUCUAGAAGAAACACCGCAUACCACGAGGCGGGACAUGCCAUCAUGGCGAUGUUCUCUCCUGCUGCUACACCAUUAUACAAAGCUACCAUUUUGCCCAGAGGAAGAGCCCUCGGUGUGACUUUCCAACUCCCAGAAAUGGACAAGACUGACAUGACCAAGAAAGAGUGUUUUUCAAGGCUUGACGUUUGCAUGGGUGGAAAGAUCGCCGAGGAGAUGAUUCAUGGACCUGACAAUGUCACCAGUGGGUGUUCUUCUGACUUGGCUAACGCCACGAGCAUGGCCAGAGCCAUGGUUACUUCGUAUGGUAUGAGUGACAAGAUCGGACCAGUAAGGUUAAGUGAUGACUGGGAAUCGUGGUCGCCAAAACUCAGAGACAUGGCCGAUAAUGAAGUAAGAAGUUUCCUUAUUGAAUCAGAGGAAAGAACACGCAAAUUAUUGAAGGAAAAGAGUGUCGAACUCAGAAGACUCGCCGAGGGCUUAUUGGAGUAUGAGACGCUAACUAGAGAAGAGAUGGAGAAGGUUGUCAAAGGAGAGCCCAUAAACAAGCCUAAGACGAUGACGAAUACAGUGAUAAAGACCCCUGAUGGCGGAAGGAAGGAGGUGAUCAACGAGCCGGUUCCAAUUCCAGUUGAAGCAUAA